AUGGAAGAGGUCACCACAGAUGAAGCCCCCCCAUAUGUUGAACUCCUCCUGCAACGCCUUAGUACAUAUGAACGCGUGUCUGGGAUAGAAGUAUCCUGGCAGGAAACCCAACAAGCUGGGGAAGAAUCAACACCCAACAUAUUCCUCGGAAGUGGUGGAUUCCCCGCCUGGCUCGCAUAUCAUCUCACAAAAAGCGCGACAGAGGUGCAGCACUACAUCCCCAAUAAAGCUGACUAUACUAGAGUAAUCUCUGGUUUAGAGAAUGAAUCUGUUACGUCUCGACAACUAGUUGCGAAACAACUUGCGGGCAAAAUUGCACCUGAACUGAUGAUCAAAAUCAAUAAUCUAAGAACUAAAAGGAUCAGACCGCUCGAGAAUAGCACUACCAGUCAACCUGGGAAUAAAAGACAGCGUACGGUAGAUGUCAAUGGCAAUCCCUCAGCUUCCCCGACAACUCGCCUCAGUCUCGCUCCGACUCUUGAUAACGGACAUGCAGCGACUUCCAAUAACACAUUCGUUGCCAAUAACACACAUACUACGACUGCCUCACAUGCAACGACUUCCAACAACGCCCGAGCUGAUGUCGUAUCAGUUGAAACGCCAGGCUACUUUGCUCAGGAGGAACACGUGCUAGUCAACGCCUCCCUUACUGCUGCCACGAAACUUUUCCCCCGUGACUUAUCGUAUGCGAUCAAACGACACCCUGACCCAAGAAGUGACCAUGACUUGGUGGCCGCCAUAUCAAUGACAUUCGCGGACGCACUAUACAUGAACAAGCUGGACUGCUAUAUGGCAUUGGAGAUCACGACUGACAAAGUACAGCACAUGGCUCGAGAAUUAUUUGGGAUACGCUUGGAAACAGUAGCUGGGCUCCGAUACGUUUAUCUUCCAGGCAGUGCAUCCAAAAUUCUACCUAACCCUAUGUUCACCUUGCAAGGAUGCGGAUGCAAUAUUAUUCAUUCUACCUUUGGCAGCGAAGUGUCUAAUGCAAUUAUGGCGAGUCCAAAAUAUCAGGAUGACAUGAGACAUGCGCGUGAUGCGACAGACGCCGUCAGCAUGAUGGUCUCACUCUCGGCCGAUGAGGGCGCUACCCUCUCUGUGCAUCUUGGCUUAUGGGAGGGUACUGAAAUCAAGAAGAAAUUGUAUAUAUAA